UCCAACAUGGAGUAAUCAGAGAUGGGGCUCGUCGGGGCCACCCUCAGCAGCAUCAGCGCAUACUUCAACACAGGGAUUUUUCGGAAAUACAUUGAAGCACUCCUUAAUAGCCAAACUGUGGAAAAUUAAUCGGGGGAUCUGUCGAUCCAUUGAAGUUGUUGUUUUUAACUCCAAGAUCCUCCAACAUCAGCAACUGGUAAGAUCCAGUGGGGGGAAAAAAGAAACGAAAAAACUCAUCAAGACGGAGGAGAAGAGAGGAGAGCGCAAAACAAUCCAACACCGCACAAAAGAGCGACGGGAAGACACAGCUGCUGAUCGAAAUGUGAGGGAUUAUUUGGGAAAGAGUGGCAUAAAAAUGACGAACGAAAAGACAGCACCCGUUGUGGGAUUUUAUUGUAGGUGAAACGAGAAAAAUGAUUGAAGAAACACACCCAAACGAUGACAGUUACAUUGUGCGCGUCAAAGCGGUGGUCAUGACCCGAGAUGACUCCAGUGGAGGUUGGCUGGCACAGGAAGGCGGAGGCCUCAGCAGGGUGGGCGUCUGUAAGGUGAUGCCUGCUGAGCUGACCGGCUGCAGCGACUUCCUCAUCCAGGGCGAGCGCCUCAGAGACAAGCAGGUGAUCUUGGAAUGUUUUGUGAGGAAGGAUCUGAUCUACACCAAGGCCACACCCACAUUUCACCACUGGAAGGUCGACAACAAAAAAUGUGGCCUGACGUUCCAGAGCCCCGCAGAUGCCCGUGCCUUUGACAGAGGUGUGCGGAAAGCCUUGGAGGACAUAACAGAGGGUUCCACAACUUCCUCAUCAACGCUCCAGAAUGAAGCUGAACUUGGAGACGAUGAUGUGUUCACAGCCACCACUGACAGCUCCUCAAACUCAUCUCAGAAGAAGGAACAUGCCGCAAAGCUAGUGGCCACCUCCACUUUCUACGAACCUCACCCACAUCGCUGCAUCCUGCAGUGUCAGCCGCCUGAGCGCUACAAUCUAGAACAGAAGUUCUCCAGGAAUCCCUUCCCCUUUGAGGAUGAGGAGAUAGUCCGAAUCAACCCCCGAGAGCGCUGGCUGAUCACAGGCUAUGAAGACUACCGCUAUGCUGCCGUGCCAGACAAGUUCAUCCAGCCAGAUGACUCGGACUUGUACGUUCACAUCGCUAAGAACGAACCCCUAAAGCACGACUACAACUACCCCUACAUGCCCAGCUCAGACUUCAGCCAGUGUGACCUCAAGAGCCACUGCGGGGCCAGCGAGGGCGUCGUGGUGGCCACCCAGCCACGCUCCUUCAAGCUCAAGGGCAAGCGAAGGAAAGAGGACGGUGAGCGAUCGCGCUGCGUCUACUGCAGGGACAUGUUCAACCACGAGGAGAACCGGCGCGGCCAGUGCCAUGAUGCCCCAGACCCCAUUAGAACCUGCAUCCACCGGGUCAGCUUUAUGUGGUGCGCUGACAGCAUGCUCUACCACUGCAUGUCCGAUCCGGAAGGUGACUACUCUGACCCAUGCUCUUGCGACACCACUGAGGAACGUUUCUGCUUGCGCUGGACAGCUCUGCUGGGUCUGUCGGUGUUGGCACCCUGUUUGUGCUGCUACCCGCCGCUGCACCUGUGCCACCGCUGCGCCGUGGCCUGCGGCUGCUGUGGAGGAAAGCACAAGGCCGUUGUUUGAGCCCCUCCCCUGCCCUCCUCCCAAACAAAUCCUAAACCCGCCCCUCACAACGCUAGCACUGAGGAGGGCAGGAGCGCAAGAAACAGACGUGGGUGGCUCAUUCGAGAUUUUACACAGUAAAAAAUUAAUUUCUUUAUCAGAAUGUACUUGUUUCCAGUAGAAAUAUCUAGACAUCCUUAAAACAAGAACACAUUUACUUGAGAAUCAACACUGCAUAAGAUGUAGACAUAAGACUUGAGUUUAUAUUUCUUAUCCCAUGUGCAAUUUAUUUGUCUUGUUUUAAACAUAAAUCUAACAAAAUGUUAUAAAAUGUAUUAAAGUUUAUUCUCAAAACAAGAAAAGACAAUUUCCCAAUGGGGUAAGAAAACAAAUCUUAAUUCAAGAUCUUAAAAAACAAAAUCUUAUUUUCACAAUUUUUACUGGAGGCUCAGAUAUUUUAGUGGAACAAGACAAAACACUGAUUAAGAAAAUAAUUUUUGCAGUGUACUGUCUUUUACUUUGGUCUGUUCUGGUUCCAGAAAAGAAACUUGGUGCAUUUAACUGGCUUGAAAAACUUUUCCUUCCCUUUUGUUUUGUUUUUAUAAAUAUGAAUGUGUGUGUGUGUGUGUGUGUGUGUGUGUGUGUGUGUGUGUGUUCUUUUCUCCCCCUUUUAUGUUGGAUGUUUCUCUCAGUUCCUCAUGAAAGAAAUUGCUCUUUUUGUCAGGUGGCUCUUGGAGCCUUCAUGUCAUGCAUUACUUAUGCAGGUACUUUAUAUUUUUUACACUGAUUUUACUGUUUCAAGAACUUGAAUCACUUGUUAUUUUAAAGUUGCGUGUGUUUGAUUUCAGCAUCCAUUGUUUUGAUUUUGUUGUUCAUUCACCGUGGCCAGCAAAGGGAGAAAUGAGCUGUUUACUCUUCCAAAACAGGUCUAUAGAUGAGCCGGCAUUUAUAUCCCAAGCCCUUUAACCAUUCAGAACAAUAACAUUGAGUUUAGCUUGAUACACUAAACCUGUAGUUGGGUGGACUGUAGGUUUGAAUGACAGAGUUGAUUUGUAGUGUGUUUGUGGGCGAGAGUGUGUGGAUGCCUGCGUGUGUGUUGUAAAUGAUAACAUUGUAUCACAGCAUAGUAUUGUCAUUAUUAUAUUUAAGCCAAAUUUACAUAAGCUGCAUUGAGAGUGUAUGUACAUACUGUAUACUCAUAUGUAUAUGUUUAAAAUCGAAUUAUUGUAGUCACCUUCAGCAGCCACAUCUGCGCUACAAGCAAUGGACUUCUUCCUUGUAGUUGACUUGUUUUGAUGUGAGGGUGACUUUUAAGUUCAAGCACACAGUAUUUGAUAUCCAAAGAGGAUUUUUGUCAUAUUUAUGUUCGCAGUCAAUUGAAUCACCAGCCAAAGGGAGAAAAAAAUAGAGAGAAAUUGUUGGACCGUGGACAAAGAAGCACAGCAACCGAGCCCACACAGCUUACACGGCAAAAAAAAGAGUUUCUUAAACAGUUUUUUUGUCUUGUUGCCAAGUAAAAAUAUCGAAAUAUUCUUAAAACAAGAUUCAUUUUUACAUUUUAAGUAAAAUUGUACGAGAUAACUAGAAUUGUUUUCAGUCCUAGCCAGUGUUGGGUAAGUUACUCAGAAAAUUACAGAUUACUAAUUACUUCUCUAAAAUUGUAAUCAGACUACUUUCACUUACUUAAUAGUAAAAGUAAUCACAUUACUUUUAAGUUACUUUCUAAAACAACAAAUUCAAAUAAUGUCUGUAUUAUGAUGUCUAUUCAUGCUUUUCAGCUGUCACAGAAGCGCAACAUCUGAACAUAAUUUAUGUUUUAAAUGGAUUUCACACAAAAUAUUAUUUAGCAAUAUGUGUAAACAAAGUAAUGUACUGUAAAAUAAUUAACUUAAUUGAAAGUAAGUAACUGUAAACUGAUUAUAGGAAUUUAAAAUGUAAUGUGUUACACUACUUUUUGAUUUACAGAUUAAGCAUUAGAUUACAGUAACUAAUUACUACGCAUAACUAAUUACUACGCAUACUACGUCAGAUCUCCCUUACUGACAGAUGGCUCAUAUACCUUAUUGGUAAUUUUUUUAUUAUUGUUAAUUUAAGCAUAAAUGUCACAACAUUUUGUUAGAGUUAUGCUUAAAACAAGAAAUAAUUGUCAAUGGUGUACGAAACAUAAUGCAUAUGAAGAUUAUAUUUUUUUAUAUAUAGGAUAUAUAAGGCAAAAAUACUGAUUAAGAAAUCAUUUUUGCAGUGUAUUUGAUUUCACAUAUUCUAAGGAGGGAAAACACUAAACCUCUAUCUUUUUCCCUUACCGACAGAUGGCUCAUAAUUUGUCUUUAUGGUCUUUAGAAGAAAAAGAAGGAAUUGUUGUCACAAAGAUGUUUCCAGCUUCAGUCCUUCUUUGCGAAGGAAAAAAGACAUAACACAAAAAUAAGCUUGAUUUCAAGGUGCUUUAAAGAGGAAAGUUUGCCAAACCGAUCUCCAGUUUCUUCAUUACAAUAAUGUUACUUAAAGCCUUAAUUUUGUCUCACGAGAACAAGUUUUUGCGAGGACAGUAAAACGAAUCAGUGCAGUUGCUCAGUGAAGAGAAUAUAAUAAAUAAAUAUUUUUCUAUCAUAGUAAAAAAAAAACUAAUAACACCCCAGUAUACUGUAUAAGCCUUUGUGUUGAAUAUAAAAGUGCUCCAGUUAUAAUGGAAGUAAAAUGGCAUGGUACAAUCGGUGAGGCCUCGAUCACCUCUCCCAUCCCUGUGAAGAUAUUCAUGGUUAUCGUUUCACUUUCCCGGAUAGAGGUUUAUGCUUUGUCUGAAUAAAUCAUCGACUGACAAAGCAUUACUCUGCAUAGAUAUUAAAACUGGAUGUGAGCAGUCAACAAAUGUACAGUAUGUGUGCGUCACAUGCUUGUUCAUGUUAUAUAAAUGUUCAGCAUGAAAUCAGCCUCAAAAUCACGUUCUCCUAAGAAGUGUUCUCAAAUUGCAGUUUAGCUACUCUUAAAAAUAAAGGUUCUUGAAUGGUUCUUUGAAGCAUCUUAGGUUCAGCAAAUAACCGUUUCUUAACAAGAAACAUAGGGUUUUUGGUUAGAGGUUUUUUUUUUUUUUUUUUUUUGGAGAUCAAAAAAGUUCUGCAGAUCAUUGGUUGUAGGUAUCCUCUUUUAAAGUCAACAUAAAAUCAAAAUUGACCCUGUUUGCUUUCUUAAUACACGUUCCUGGUCUUAUUGUGCACGAUUCAUCAGUGUACAAUAUUAAAAAAGAAUAAUAAUAACAAAAAAGUAUAAUUUUUUAUCAAAGUGUCCUCCAUUUCCUCAGUUUAAAAUUACUACAACUAUAUUUCUAGGUUUAAAUAAAAAAUAAAAAAGAUUUUGUUAUGUAGUCUCACAUUUUUGCACCACAAUAGAAAUGUGCUAUGGCAUUUUAAAAAACCUUUUGGAACCUUUAUUUUUAACAGUGUAGGGGUGAUAAUAUGUGCUUUAAUUAGUGUGUAGGUGUCUUAUGGGGAACGAGUAGAAGCCCCCUGUCGGUUCACUGGAAUCCUCUCAUUAAUAGGUGGUGGAGAGGAACGCAGGGGUCCAUGCAAACAUCCGCAGUGAGGUGUCAGAUGUCCUUUGUUCACCACGUGUCCUUUCUGUAUCUCAGUCUGUCAGCAUCUGCAAUACUGACAUCAUCCAAGCUUAGAGAAGAGCUGAAUUUUACUUUUCUAUCUGUGGUAAUGGAAAGUUAACCAAAAGCAUUCUGCGUGAACAUCUGUCCUGGUGUGACGUUUGGCUACUACACACAUUUACCUGUUAAAAAGUGCCUGAAGCAUAUUGUUAAUCGAUCUCCUUGUAUACUAAAAAAAAAAAAAAAAAAAAAAGAUAAAAAUGAAAUAAACCCUAUUGUAUUGAUUAGUUUUGUUUUUUACAAUCAAAAUUUUUACCUCUGUAAAAAGCAAAAAAGUCUAUAUCAAGUGUAUGAUGUAAAUUUUUAUUUCUAUUUUUUUUAAUCGUUUCUAACAUGUAUGAUCAAUGUAGCUCUUGCUUUUAAGAAAAGAUGGAAUGAAAAGAAAGUACUUUGUAAAUACCUGUUGAUCAUAUCAGAACUUCAUUGUGGCCUGGCCACCAUGGUGUAGUUCUACAUGUUUGUUCUAGGUCCCAAUAAAAAAGAAAGAAACCA